AUGGGAAGCUGGAAGAAUCACGUGCGCGCUCGGCUGCAGCAAAGAGACAUCGCAGAGAAACUGCCAUACGUCGGCGUUUUCACAAGCUUGUCUCAGCUGGAAGAACGUUUUGAAAUUCGCAAACAAAUUUUGGAUGACGCUCAUUCGAAGAGUUUAGAGCGAGGUGGAGUUGAUGCUGGGAAAAACACCAGGCUCCUUCAGCUCCAACUGAGAGAGAGUGAACACCUGGCAGAAAAGCUGUCUCAGACUGUCUCCGACUUGACCACCGUCCUGUAUCUGAAAGAGGCUGAACUGCAGUACUGGCAGUCACGUGUGUCCCGCUAUCGUGAAGAGGCACUUACUUUGGCUAAAGGGAGUAAAACCCUGAAGGCGACCCUUUCAGAUUUUGAGUUCACCAUAGAGUGUCAGUCCAAAGAGUUGGCAGCGCUGCGAGCGGAGCAGAAAGGAUUAAAGGAAGCGCUGGCAGAAGCUUGGAGAGAAAAAGAAGAACUCUUGCAACGAUGGAUGGAGGUCAAGAGGGAGGAGGCAGACAGGUUGAAUAAGUACAACGACAUACAGGAAAGGUGGCAACGUUUGGCCAGACAGCUGAAGAAGCACCUCCACAGGGAAACGGGAAAAGAGUGUGUGACGAGGUCUUGGAGUGGCCCAACAGAAACGUCUCCGUCAGUCAUUCAGAGGAUCAAUAAUCCAACGAGAUACACCAGGGACACUCAAGCUACAACCAUGUCUCAGCUGCGGCAAAAGUCUAAUAUUCCCGCAGGAUCCUGGAGACAACAGUUCUCGGCACAGAUUACCUCUCCGUCCAGUUCCCACAUGUGA